AUGUCCCAAGACCUUGCCCAGCGGCAGAUCGAUGACAUCCGGGCCGCUUUCGCCGUUUUCGAUAAGAACGGCGAUGGCCAGAUCUCCGCGCAAGAGCUCGGUGAAGUGAUGCGCUCGCUCGGGCAGAACCCCACAGAGUCCGAGCUCCAAGAUAUGGUCAACGAGCUCGACCUCGACAGCACCGGCACCGUCGACUUUGAAGAGUUUUUGAAGAUGAUGAAGACAAAGUCGAAGCAGAUGGACUCGGACGAGGAGCUGCGCGAGGCUUUUGCUGCCUUUGACAAGGAUGGAUCUGGCACGAUUAACGCGGAGGAGGUCAGACAUGUCAUGAAGGGCAUUGGCGAGAACCUAACCGAUGGAGAGAUUGAUGAGAUUAUCAAGCAAGCGGACACAAAUGGUGACGGCCUUAUCGACUAUAAUGAGUUUGUCAAGUUUACCAAGCAAGGCUGA